UGGAAAAUAAUUUUGCACUUUGUAAUACUGAGACUAAACCAACUGAUAAAACUGCUCUUUAUAUUGGCAGAACAGGCAACGGCAAGUCAACAUUGGCUAAUGUUCUAGUCAAUAAAAAUAGAGAAUUUGAAGAAAUUUUUAAAGAGGGACACGGUAGCACUAGUGAAACAAGAGAAAUAAGAGAAAAAACAUUUGAAACAAAUGGAAUAGAAUACUGUAUAAUUGAUACGCCAGGAAUAGGUGAUACAAAAGUGUCAGAAAUUGAUGUAGUAAAUGAAAUAGUUAAAGUUCAUGAUAAAGUCAAAGAUGGACUAAGUCAAAUUUUGUUUGUGAUCAGCAAAAAGUUUACUAAGGAGGAAGAAGAAGUGCAUAAUAUUUUAAGUUAUGUAAUUUUUAAUAGUGAAAUUUCUAAAUACACCACUAUUGUAAGGACUGGUUUUUCUGGGUUUAGAAAUGUUGAAAAAUGUGAAGAAGAUAAAAAAAAGAUAGAGAAAGAAAACCCUAGUCUCGCUAAAUUAAUUAAAUCAUGCAAGAAAAUUAUUUAUGUAGAUAAUCAACCUUUAACUGAUGAUUAUGAGAAGGAUGAAAUAACUAUUAAUAAAAGUAAAAGAGAAAAAUCUAGACAAAAAUUAUUGGAACACCUAGAGACUUGUAAAAAAAUUUAUAAACCUGACAAUAUAGAGAUAAUCCAAGAAAGAAUUAGUGAUCACUAUAUGGAAGAAAAAGAAAAAUAUAAGGAUUAUGGAUUGUGUUCAGAAUGUAAUCAAUCUAACACUGGGAGUGCUUAUGGAAUUGAUGAUUAUGAUGGCGUUGUCAAAUGUCAUGGAGUUUCUCAAGAUCCAGAAACCAACGACUAUAUAAUGGUAAUGGAUUACAUUGAAGGUGGCAAUCUUAGAAAAUACUUGAGUGUUAGUAAGUUAAAUUUUAGAGACAAACUUUGGCAAUUAAGGCAUGUUGCAAAAGGACUAAAAAGCAUUCAUUACAAAAAAUUAAUUCACCGAGACCUUCAUGCAGGCAACAUACUAAUUUCUAAUAACAAUGUGUGUCUAAUUACUGACCUAGGUUUAUGCCGACCGGUUGAUGAGAAAGAUGAUGAAGCCGAAGAGUUUAAUAAAAAAUUAGCAGAUACUGUAACUAUAGGAAAAAGAAAAGACAGUGAAUCUCACCUUAACCUUGAUCCUCUUUACUAUCAUCCCAAUGCUUUUUAUACCAGUCGUUUAUUAGACUUUAAAAAUUUACCCGAACCCCAAAACUCUAAAGAAAUCAAUUAUGAGUUCUAUUCUCGGGUCUUGUCGAUUGAUUUUGCUGAACUCAACAUUAAGGAUAAUGAAAUACCUAAAAGGUUGAGGUCAAUGUCAAUGGAAGAAGCCUAUCAAAAAGAAACCAAAUCAGUUAAAUUAGAUAAAAUAGCAGAAAAAAAAGAAUUUAAAUCUGAACCAACGGAAAUAGAUGAUAAUACUCAAAACUGA